UAAUGAACCCUUAUAAUAUCUGAUGUCGACCUUGGCUACUCUUUAGCCAGCAAAUCGCGACACGGCGUUGCAGCACGCUUAAUUCUUAAUUCCCACUCAUGCUCGUGGGUUCCGCUGUAUUGGGGCACCCACGUGCCCUCAUACCAAGCCUCAAUGGUAUUUACAUGUAUGCAAAAUGUAAGGUACGAAUAUCGUUCCACGUUUCGUCCGAAUGUAACAAUUGAACAAUCAUAGCCCAAACAAACCUCGGUUGACUAGAUCUUACCGGCCUCUAGUUUUCUUAUCAUAGUCCUAGAUGGCGAACUUGGUGUUUGCUGUUGCGAGAUAUUCAUAACUUAUCUCCGACGGGCGUCAGUUUGUUAUCAAUAUACAUAAAAGAAAGGAACUUCAACAAAUGCAAGCUUAAUCCUAAAUUUACUAGCUAACCGAAGUCCUACCACGGCACCGUAGCGGAUCAUGUUCUUUCACUGCUUCUUUUCAUUGGACAAUGGCCUAACGCAUCAAGGAUCGACUCGGAAUUUCCUGUCGAUCUCUGCUACGCCGACUUGGCAAACGCUGGCGCUGUCAUCAAGCUGGAAAACCUGAUAAGAGAGCCUUGCCAUCAGCUCUUCCGUCUUGUCGACGUCUUGAUCCGGUCUGUGUGUUAGCGCCAAGCCCACACAGUCAGGCCUUCUUCCGUCCUUCGUCUCCUCGGAUCAGCCAUAUAACGAUAACCAGUAUCAAUUGCGUCGCCAUGCAUCUCAAAGCAGCGUCUGCCAUCAUCAUCGGCCUCGCCGCGGCCUCGGCAUCCGCCCUACCGAAGACGCCGGAGUGGUGGAAGCCCAAAUCGUGGUCCAACCCAACUCAGCAGCGUUUCCGGACCGCGGAGCUCGGCCCGCGCCCGCAGUUCCUGGUAACCGACAUGGAGGAAGGCUGGCUGAAGGACAAGCUGAGGUCGUGCUCCGACGCCGUAGCGCGGCCGAGCCAGUUCAGCAUCGGCCACCGCGGCGGCGCGUGCCUGCAGUUCCCCGAGGAGACGCGCGAGUCCGCCGAGGCGGGGAUGCGCAUGGGCGCCGGCAUCCUCGAGUGCGACGUGGCGUUCACUAGCGACCGCCAGCUCGUCUGCCGCCACGACCAGUGCGACCUGCACACGACGACGAAUAUCGUCGCGACGGCCCUGGGCGCCAAGUGCACGACGCCGUUCGCGGCGGCCGACGGCAACGGCACCGCCGCGAGCGCGUACUGCUGCACGAGCGACAUCACGCUCGCCGAGUUCAAGUCGCUCUGCGGCAAGAUGGACGGGUACAACGCCUCGGCCACGACGCCCGAGGACUACUUGCGCGGGACCCCCGCGUGGCGGACCGAUCUGUACGCCACGUGCGGCACCGUGCUCGCGCACAAGGAGUUUCUGGAGCUCGUCGACUCGCGCGGCCGCGACUUUACGACCGAGCUCAAGCAGCCGCGCGUGCCGAUGCCGUUCGACGGCAACUACACGCAGGAGGUGUACGCGCAGCAGGUGAUCGACGAGUACCGAGCCGCGGGCAUCGACCCGUCGCGAGUCUGGCUGCAGAGCUUCUCGUUUGCGGACGUGGCAUACUGGCUCCGCGCCGAUCCAGCCUUCGGGAAGCAAGCCGUACUUCUUGACCAGAGCGGCGACACGCCGGGGACGUUCCCGGCCGCCGUUGCUAAUUUGUCGUUCUACAAAGAGGCUGGCGUGCAGGUCAUCGCGCCGCCGCUCCAGUACCUCGUCUCCCUCGGCGAGAACAACGAAUACGUCCCUUCUUCCUACGCGACGGCGGCGAAAAAGCUGGGCUUCAAGAUCCUAACGUGGUCGCUCGAGCGUUCCGGGCCGUUAGCUCAAGCCGCAGCCGCCGGCGACUACUAUUAUUCGACCAUCACCAACGGCACGCACAGGGACGGCGACAUGUACAGGUUGAUCGACGUCUUAGCGCGGCAGGUUGGUGUUCAAGGUAUCUUCUCGGACUGGUCGGCUACCGUGACGUACUAUGCCAAUUGCUUCAAUAUUUUCUAGGAGUAGUGGAGACAACAUGGUACUACAAAUAUCAGAGAAAUAAUGGCUUGAAGUCGCAUGAAUUAUGUAUAUAACAGCUCAGAAAAUACCCACCUAGGCAAUUAACAGCAAGCAUGUUAGUCCGGGUGUCCGGAGUCCGGACUUCCCUAGGUACAUCGCUUUGAGUCGUGAGGGUUCAUC